AUGACCGAACGCCUCGUGCGCAUGUUCAGUGCAGCGACCGUCGAGCUCGACGAUGUGCACCGCUUCGCCAAAGAGAAAGGCAUGAUAUCCGGCACCUUGCACAGGCCAAAGAACCCACCCGCAUCGGCCAAGGGCAAGGAGAAGGCGGUGGAGGGAGUGCAGAAGCAGAAGUCGUGGUGGGUCAUGGUGGGCAACCGCGAGCCGAUAGAGCACAUUCUCCAAUUGCAACAUCGAGACGAUGCCGGAUUAUCCCCUAUGCCUACAGCGCCAGGAUACUUCCAUGAACACACGUAUUCCCGUCCCAGUGGUUGCUGGUUCCUUGAGAUCACCGGAGCAUGUUGCAUAACCGCCGUCUUCGUAUGCCUCGCCUUGGCUUACAUGCCAGGCCGUGAUAACUGA